AUGUCCUACAAAUCCAAGAAGCGCUCCAACGAUUACCAAUCCGACGACUUCGUCGUGGAUGACACCAACAAGAACGAUCGCGGCGCAAAGAAAGCAAAGACAGCAUCGUCGGGCGCAUCAUCAGCAACACAAAAGAUAGACUCCAACGGCGACAUUUACUGGGAUAUUUCAAGCCACCGCAGAAUCACAAUCUCCGAAUUCAGAGGGAAGAGUAUGGUCAAUAUCAGAGAGUAUUAUGAGAAGGAUGGGCAGGAACUUCCUGGGAAAAAGGGUAUUUCGCUUCCAAUUGAACAAUUCAAUGCGCUCAUCGGUUGCCUACCCGAGAUUGAGCAAGUGCUUUCUGCAAAGGGGAUUUCGGUGCCCCGACCUGCGUAUAAUGGGGCCUCAGGGGUUAAGGAGGAUGAAGGAGAGGCAAGCGGGAAGAAGAACAUUGAUACCACAAGCGAUGAAGACGAGGACGAAGACGAUGCGUGA